GGCGGAGCCCAGAAGCUGCCCGAGCAUUAUUACUCCAACCAGUCCGUCUGAUUUGGUAGAAACCAACGACCAGAAUACCCUUAUUUCAUUACCGUGCGAGCAAAAUAAACGGGUAUGGAACCGUACAGGCUCACUGCUACCCAAGUGAUCGAGCAGAUCAAGUCGGGGCAUCUCACAGUCGAGCAAUAUGCUCUCUCACUGCUUUCCCGGAUCGAGCAGCGGGACCCGGCUGUCAAGGCCUGGGCCUUCCUGGAUCCGGAGCUGGUCCUGGAACAGGCGAAGCAGCUAGACAGAGUCCCCCCAGAAAAGCGAGGGCCGCUCCAUGGGGUAGCCGUCGGCGUCAAGGACAUCAUCAGCACCAAGGACAUGCCGACUCAGUAUAACUCGCCGAUAUACACCGGCCAUGAACCCGCACUAGAUGCCGGCUGUGUCAUGAUCCUCCGGCAAGCCGGAGCUCUCAUCCUCGGAAAAACCACCACCACCGAAUUCGCCGCAACCGCAACCGGUCCCGCAACCCGCAACCCGCACGCCGCCGACGACGACUACGACGAGCCCCGCACCCCGGGGGGCUCGUCGUCCGGGUCCGCCGCGGUGGUGGCCGACUCGCAGGCGGCCGUCGCGCUGGGCACGCAGACGGGCGGCAGCGUGGUGCGGCCCGCAUCCUUCUGCGGGGCGUGGGCCGCCAAGCCGACGUUCGGCGCCGUCGGCGUCGGGGGCGGGGGCGGGGUGAGGCCCUACUCGCCCUCGCUGGACACGCUUGGCUUCUACGCGCGGUGCGUUGCGGAUCUGGAGGUGCUGGUGGAGGUGUUUGGUUUGCGGGAUGAUGAUGAUGGGGAGGGGCCGGGGCCGGUGCUGGGUGGGGGUGUGAGGGGGGCGAGGUUUGCGCUGGUUAGGACUGCGGUCUGGUCGGAGGCUGGGCCGGGGACGCGGGCGGCGAUGGAGAGGGCGGCGAUGCUGCUGAGGGAGCACGGGGCCGAGGUCGAGGAUGUGGAGCUGCCCGAGGGUUUCAACCAGCUACAGGCCUGGCACGCGUGUGUCACGGCGAGCGAGGCGAGGGCGAGCUUCCUGCCCGAGUAUCGCACGCACAAGGACGAGCUGGCCGGGUUGCUGGUCGGGCACGUCGAGAACGCGCGCGGGUACUCCCGGGCCGACCAGCUCAGGGCGCUCGACGGCAUGGCGGCGCUGAGGCCGGUCUUCGACGGCAUCGCGUCGCGCUACACGGCCGUCAUCGCGCCGAGCGUCACCGACGAGGCGCCCGUCGGGAUCGAGAACACGGGAAGAGCCGUGUUCAACGGCAUGUGGACCGCGCUGCACGUGCCUGUCGUCAACGUGCCGGGGUUUAAGGGGGCGAGUGGCCUGCCGAUCGGCCUCUCCCUCAUUGCGCCGAGGUACCGGGAUAGGCACCUGCUGCGGGUCUGCAGGGAGGUUGGCAAGAUAUUUGAAGCUGAAGGCGGCUGGAAGUCUGCGCUGUAGAGGGCAACUGCAGGCCGUCUCUUACUAGAAACUACUAACGAAGAAGGGUUAUACGGACAUCCUACGAAGCAAUGUCGGAACAGGCAACCCGCUUGGGUCUUAGACAUGAUCACCGUUGUUGCCCCGGAAGCGAAUCAGCGCUACUAACCCGGCAGCACCUAGCAGGUCCGUCUUCGUACAAGC